GCAGCGUCGCGGCCGCCCGGCCCGGCCCGGCGCGGACCCCAGAUCCCGGGCCCCGCGGACCCCACGGACGUUAGGGCGGACCGCGUUUUCCCUGGCCGCUCCGGGCCCGCCGCACCUCGCACCGCGGACCCUCGAUUCCUCGGCCCUUCACUUCCCAGGGGCGGCUUGGCCGCGGCAGGCUUCAGGGACCGCUGCCCACCGCGCAGCCCUCACCUCAGAGCCGAAGCCGCAGCGCCUCCAGGCCCCAGGAAAUGCAACGAAGUUCAUCAGAAUACAUGAUGAUUGAAAGAUCUGGAGCAAAGAGAGAGGACAUCCAAGGAACUGCACCGGAAAACCGAAGAAGGCAGAUAACCAUCAUACAUUUUGUCUAGUUCCGAAAUAUUUGAAACAUUUUUGUUCCAAGUUUAAAAGAAUGCAUCCUCAAUGGCGUAUAUUUGAAUUUAGUCAAGGACACUGAUAUUUGAAGACUGUAAAGAAAAAUUUAUUUAAAACUCAACCACCCAGCUGUGUAUGGGGGCACACAAUAGGAGGAGGAAGGACAAUGAGAACCAUCCAUUGGGCUUCUAACUUUGAGAAUUGUAAGGCAUCUCUUCCACAGAAACCUAAUCAGCUUUCUGAGGACCAGUAGGAGAGUAUGGCCUUCGCAAAGCUAAAAUGGGGAAAACAGCUUGAGAAUGUUAUGAAGCAAGACAGACUGACGUGAAAGAUAUUUUCAUCUCUGAUCACUCGGUGCCAACUCAGGGCAAAGUUAGGAAAACAGUGCAUGCUGUAAAGUAAUACUGAAUGGAACAGGUGCAGCAGGUCAGUGUGACCUGAAGUGUUCAAGUCUGUGAAUGAAGCCCAGAACCAUCUAUUAAUAUCAAUGUAAACAGAUCAAGGAGGUUUGAAGGGCAGAGCACUAUGUCCUGAAUCAGUGUUUCGAACUCAUCCUCAAACAGUACAGCAUUUAUUGAACAGUCCAAGUGUAUUGGCCAAGGGCCAAAUCACCAAGAAAUUCUCCGAGAGAGAGAAAAAAUAUUUUUAAUGGAGAUGUGAGUGUGAAACGUUCACAGGAAGAAACCGUACAACAGGUGCGGAGCUACAAAGUACAGGUUGGACAUCUACACAGACCUUCCAAGAGGAACCAAAAAUCUUCAGGUACCCCAGCGUUCUUUAGCUGUUGUUUUUGGGGCUUUUCGACAACAAACAUGACCCCCUCUGGUUGGCUUUGACAUAUUUCGCCCAUCACUUACUACUGAGUGUGUGUUUGACUUGCUUGUCUGGGCGCAAUCUUUGUCGCGCUCAGCUUCUUGCUUAGCGAGCGGGAAGACCACGUUUCCGUAAAUCAAAACCCCGUGGACUCCUCGUGGGAACUACAGUACCCAGCGGCCACCGCGCCAUUCGCAGGAAGGACGUCUGCGCACUAAGAUACUCAGUUCCAAGUUUGGAGCUUUUAGCUGCCAGCCCUGGCCCAUCAUGUAGCUGCAGCACAGCCUUCCCUAACGUUGCAACUGGAGGAAAAAUCACUUUCCAGUCUGUUUUGCAAGGUGUGCAUUUCCACCUUGAUUCCCUGAAAGUCCAUCUGCUGCAUCGGUCAAGAGAAACUCCACUUGCAUGAAGAUUGCACGCCUGCAGCUUGCAUCUUUGUUGCAAAACUAGCUACAGAAGAGAACCAAGGCAAAGUCUUUUGUGCUCCCCUCCCCCACCAAAGGAAAGGGGAAAAUGUCUCAGUCGAAAGGCAAGAAGCGAAACCCUGGCCUUAAAAUUCCAAAAGAAGCAUUUGAACAACCUCAGACCAGUUCCACGCCUCCUAGAGAUUUAGACUCCAAGGCUUGCAUUUCUAUUGGAAAUCAGAACUUUGAGGUGAAGGCAGAUGACCUGGAACCUAUAGUGGAACUGGGACGGGGUGCAUAUGGAGUGGUGGAAAAGAUGCGGCACGUACCCAGUGAACAGAUCAUGGCAGUGAAGCGGAUCCGGGCCACUGUAAAUAGCCAGGAGCAGAAAAGGCUAUUGAUGGAUUUGGAUGUCUCCAUGAGAACAGUGGACUGUCCAUUUACUGUCACCUUCUAUGGCGCACUUUUCCGGGAGGGAGAUGUGUGGAUCUGCAUGGAGCUCAUGGAUACGUCACUAGAUAAAUUCUACAAACAAGUUAUUGAUAAAGGCCAAACAAUUCCAGAGGAUAUCUUAGGGAAGAUAGCAGUUUCUAUUGUCAAAGCAUUAGAACAUUUACACAGUAAGCUCUCUGUCAUUCAUCGGGACGUCAAGCCUUCAAAUGUGCUGAUUAAUACCCUGGGUCAAGUGAAGAUGUGUGACUUUGGAAUCAGUGGCUACCUGGUGGAUUCUGUUGCUAAAACAAUUGAUGCAGGUUGCAAACCAUACAUGGCCCCUGAAAGAAUAAACCCAGAGCUCAACCAGAAGGGAUACAGUGUGAAGUCUGACAUUUGGAGUCUGGGCAUCACCAUGAUUGAGCUGGCCAUCCUCCGGUUUCCCUAUGAUUCGUGGGGAACUCCCUUUCAGCAGCUCAAACAGGUGGUAGAGGAGCCAUCCCCGCAACUUCCAGCAGACAAGUUCUCCACAGAGUUUGUUGACUUUACCUCACAGUGCUUGAAGAAGAAUUCCAAAGAACGGCCUACAUAUCCAGAGCUUAUGCAACAUCCAUUUUUCACCCUACAUGAAUCCAAAGCGACAGAUGUGGCAUCUUUUGUAAAACUGAUUCUUGGAGACUAAAAAGCAAUGGACUGACCAUACUGUGGAAUGGUGGGUUUACAGGGUGAAGCAAGUUCACUACAGCGCCAAUAGAAAGUCAUCUUUGAGAUAAUUUAACCCUGCCUCUCUGAGGGUUUUCUCUCCCUGUUUUUUUUUCUUUUCCCCCUCCUGAGGGGGUCUUGGAAUUUAUAGUAUAGAACGAACUCUCUAGAUUGUUGAAAUACGAUAAAGGCUUAGGACUUAAAAAGGUGAUUAAAUAUUUAAUGAUGUGCCAUAUGAGUCCUUAAGCUUUUCAGAUUUCUCUUGUUCUUUAUGAAAUGAAUGCAUUGGCCCUAGCAAAAAGGUGCUACAGUAGUGAUGAAAUUGUAAGUAGAUUUGUAGUUCGUCCCAUUUAUUAUUUUAAUAUUUAUGUUUAAGUGCUUGGUUGGAAAGGUUCCAUUUUUUGCAAGAAGGGAGAUACAGAGGAAGGUGGGGUUGGCAGUAUUUAUAGGGCUUUUAUUUUUUAAGUUCGAUUGUGUCUGUGUUCCAGAAGAAAUAAUUUAAUAUGCAUCUUUAAGAAUAUUAUAAAAAUCUCAAGAAGAAGCUUUUCUUGUGAAAUGUCUCUUCCAGUUGUGGCUGCUGCCACACUCACAAACUAACUCAAUCCGGGGUGAUCAUCAUGUGUUUUAUAAUGAAGUAUCAAAGUAUCUUGGUUCUAGUCUUUCCCCAACUUUGGAAAACAUAAAAAUCAUUUUUAUCACAGCUCAAAGAGUAAAACAUUUGGUUCUCUUGACAUUUGUGGUAUAGUAUUAGUGGAAAGUGAUUUGUGAUGUGAUUUUAUAUCUACCCACGUAUCCACAUAUCUGUGUGUGUGCGUGCACAUGUGUGUGUGUGGGUGUGUGUAUGUAUGUGGUAAAUUGAGUUCUGCCAACUGGCUUUUAUGAACAUCUAUAUUUAGUAAAAAGGACAUUUGUCCAUCAUAAGGGGAGAUAAGGCAAACCACAGAGAGAACUGGUGCCUUCUGCUUUUGUCCCUCCUGCAAUGGAUAAGCCCCAAGGAUUGCCUUUGUAAUUAAUGUACUCUUUUGCUUUUUCUUUCUUCUUAUUCAAUGAAGAAGCCUUACUAUUAUUGGAAGAGAAGAAAAUUAAAACUAGUUAGUAGUUCUUUGACCAUAUGAAAAGAUAAUAGGGAGAGUUGAAUUGAUUCCUAGGAAUAGACUACCAGAUCUCCACAGGAGGAGUUGAGGCCACGUCUUUCCUCAACAGUGUGCAGCAGCAGACUCCAUCCUGAAUUCCCAGAAGGUUUACUAUAUAAACAAAUUCUCUUUUGUGGGUAAAAACAGCCACAGGUUCUCUGAUUUGGGGCUCUUGCUUCUUUGAUGAUCAAGGAGUGAAAUGACUGACAGAAAAAAAUACAGACCUACCCUAAAUUACCAGGAUCCAUUGCUUUUGGACAUAGUGUUCAUCAGGGCUACCCUGGGAAUACAAACUUGGAGGAUGUUUAUUAAAAAAAGAAAAAAAAGAAAGAAAAAAAAGCCACACUAUUUCUUCCUUUGCCUCAAACUCUCCAAUGUGGAGAGGAUUCCUCCUCAAAUCUUCCCUUCCUUCCCCUAUUGGAUUUUGAAGUGCAAUAGUAUAUUUUUCUCUGCAUUUCUUUCUGUCUUACUCUUGACAUCUUGCUCAUGGAAGUUUCCCAGAGUAUGAUAAUUCUUCAUUCUUCUUCAUGUUCUGCUCCAAGCAAUAUCCAUUUUGUUAAAUAGCAGUUUCAUGUGCUUUGUAGCUACCUCUGUCUUCAUUUUCUUCUAGCCAGAGCAGGGGUGAUUAUAGCCAUGUAAUUUCCCACCUGCCUUCCUAUGUCUGGAAGUUCUUCUCUUUGAGAUAAGGAGAAACCACAGCCUUUUUUUGGUUCUAUUUACCCAUUUUCUGAAAACAAAGUACUAGGAGAAAAAUCUAGGGUUACUCCAUUGCAGAUCUGAUAAAGUAUUAAAGUAAAUCAUCUUUCUGGUCUGAUUCAGAUUACUCCUACCUGUUUUUAUACUUUGAAACAUUGUUAAAGAAGAGUGCAUUUCUUAUUGGUAUGUCUGUUUAGUUUGUGAGCCCAGGGCUGGAACUUGCAAAACAAUCAUAGUAGGGAAGAAGUUGGUCUAUGGCUCUCAACCCUGCACUUUGGAAUCAUCUACAAUCUUGUGAACACUGUCAACAUCAAAGCCUUAAUCAUUGGAGACUUUCAUUUAAUUGGUCCAGGCUGAGGUCUGGGAACUGGUACUUUUUUUAAACAACCCUCAUGUGAUUCUGAGGUGCAGCAAGGUUGAGAACUUGCAUUGGACUUUUUAAGAAGAGAACUGACUUGAAAUCACUUUCUCUUAAAUAUUUGCAGAGAACAGUAAGUGAUUGUGGAAGAACAAGAGCGAGCCCCGAUUUUUUUGGAUUAUCUUUAUCCCUAUCAAGGAAGGCAUGUUCCUGGGAUUACUGAUUGGAAAAUCGAAAUACCGUUUCCCCAGAGAAACAAUAUUUUACAUGAUGAUUAAGUAUCUUAUGUACUAAGGUAUAAUGGCUUGAUAGUCUUAGAAAUCUAAAUUUAGAACAUGGUUUUGUUUCUGGAGAACUGUGUUAUUGUGUUGUAAAUGUUAAAAAUCCAAGACACACAAACUAUAUGUAAGUUGGGAGUUUCCUGUACAUGCAGAUAGAUAUGUAUAUAUAAAGAAAAAGAUAUCUGUAUUCAGGAACGAUGAUUGAAAUGUUUAAUUUUCUGCCACCAUGGACCAUCUGAUUAUUAGCCCUGGCUCUACCAAGGUAUUACAAAAUCAGUGUAGCUCUACAUCAGAGAUCAUGCGUACUGUUUCAAAUGUAUUUGAUUUGGUGUCAUAUAAUUGUCCAUGGUAUAAAUUUUCUUUAUAUUUGUAAAAAUAUCCACCUCUCUCUCUAUAUAUUGUUGAUUUAAGAGAUGUGCCAAGAACUUAAUGUGAAUGAUUUUGAAGACAAUUACUAUAUGUGUAUAUGUAUCAAUGAGUAUUGCUCUUGAGAGAAGCUACCUUAAGAAACUAUAUAUUUAUAUAAAUAAUUUUACUAAAAUAUUUUUGCCACUUCUCUUUCAGAAACCCAUUCUCUCACCUACUUAUAUAAUCAUCACCUUAGAAUUACUCUUCAGUUUUUGUUUGUUUCUUUGUUUUAUAUAAUUUUUUAAUAAAAGUCCUUAGUAGUUAGUUUCCAGUUUGACUCACCUGACUGGUUUAUCAAAUUUUAGCAGGAAAUUGUGUUUAGCAGUUUCUACAAGUUAAAUUUGCCCUCAGUGUUGAAAUUUUACCAUCACCAAAUCUUUGUAAAAUAUUUCAUGGCCUCAGGAGAUAAUUUGAAAUGGUGAUUUCCUCCUCAAAAGUGUAUGCUUGUUUUAAGCAAAGGCAACCUUGCUGCGUAUCCCCAAAUGACUACUUUGAGGAAGAAAAAAAACUCCUCUCUCUCUCUCUCUAUAUAUAUAGAUAGAUAGAUAGAUAAAAUAUCAAUAUAAUCAUCAGUUUUACACAAGAUACCCAUCUCUUAGGUAUGACUGAAGGCCUUGGAUGGAGGAAUAAUCCAUUAUUUCAAAGGCUCUGUUUGGUCACUCUGAAAAAAGUCAGAAUAAUUGAUUAAAUAAACAGCUUUUAUCUUGGUUAGGCCAUUUGAAAUGGAAACAAGUAUGUGUGGCACAGCUCAAAAUUGUUUGUAUUUUAUAGUUCCUGUAUAUCCUCCAGACCUAACAAAAAAUUAUCCAGUAUAUGACAGAGGUUCCCAGUCUUUCUCUGUUUAUGGUGCCAUUAGUUGUCGUAGUGAUUUCUUUCACAUUGCCCUAGGGCAAAAUAGUUAAUAGUUGAGUGUAUCAAGGAAUUAGGUUCCCAGAGUUUAAUAGUAGUCGUUUGCUCCAUGUCCUACAGAUGUCACUGUGCUUCCCUUAAAAACGUACCGUAUCUUCCUGUAGCUGUGAAUUUAUAGUGAUGUCUCAGGAUAUCUCAAAACACACAGUUUGGGGACCAUAGAUACGUUCUGUGCUGAUGUUUCCCCUACAGUCAGUGACCUUCAAAAUUGAAUUCUUGGACGUUCAACCCUCUAUAUGAUUUCACUCUUUGUUUUGUUAUCAUUGUUAUUAUUGUUUUUGCCUUCCUCUGACUAACUCAUUUUUAGUGAUAUCCUAUGCUUCUUUGCUGGUCCUCACACCUGCAUUGCCAAUUGUCAUAAUCUAGAAAAUGAAAUACUUGUAAGUUCCAGCGCUAGAGGAGAUUAGUGCAAAGCUAAUAGGAUCCUUGAUUUCUCCAAGUGAACUUGAUAGCCUCUUUGUAAUAUAAUCACAAAGGAAGCAGAAAGGGGCUGAUGUUUUAGGUUUAACACUAACAGGGGGUUUCAUCACCUGUGCUUAGAGAAAGUAUUCUGUUUUUCUCAAAAGUGUCUAACAGAAACACUUUGUCUUUGGCCUGAAAGUUCGAUGAAUACCUAGUUCCUAAUUUCUCACUCAAACGCUUUUUUUGUGUGUGUGGCUAUUUAACUCCUUCUAACCUUGAUGGUAAGAUUUAUGUAUUCAUAAAAUUCAUCAGAGCUGUUAUUUAGAUCUAGCAAAAUGAAUUAUGCUUCUGUUGUGCUGGGAUUUUGCCUUAACAGGACUUUGCUGGCUCAAGGAUUCUUCCACUUUUCUUGAAUUAGCAAGUGAAAGAUAUUCAAAUAAAUGUCACCUUCAUGGAACUUUCUCUCCCUCUCCCCCUGUUCAAAUGAAAAGUACAGUUGUCACUUAGAUCCUGAAAACUUACAUAUUCAGAAGGAACAAUGCCCGUGUGAAAUCUAGAAAGAGGAAGCUACCAAACCCAAUGAAUAGAAAAAUGAUAUUCUGAGAGUUUUAUGUUCCUCUUUUCUAGGGGUGUGUGUAUGUUUUAGCACUGUUAAAUGUGCUCACAGCUAAAGAUACUCCUUAGUUUUCUUUGGCUUUAAUUGCGGUACUCCAAAUUCCUUCAGAAAUCUGUUGAAAGCUAGGACUCUCCAGGAAAGUGUCCAUCAUACCGGUAACAUAUAAUUUGCAAACAUUUCUUUAUUGGCAGGGUGUCGCGCUUAUAGACCCUAUCAGAUCCAUGACUCAGUUCUCUAGAAUGUAGAUGGUGAGUCCUAGACCAGAGUUGAGAAACUUUCUGUAAAGAGCCAAAUAGUAAAUAUUUUUGGCUUUGUGUUUUAUGUAGUAUUUGUUGCAACUACUCAAAUCUGCUGUUGUCCUGUGAAAGCAUCCAUAAACAAUUUGUAAAUGAAUGAACACCACGAUUAUGUUCCCAUCAAACUUUAUUUACGAAACCAAUUAAUGGGCCACAUUUGGCCCUGAGGCCAUCAUUUGCCAAUGCCUGUCUUAGAUCAACACCACCACAAUCCAAUCAAUUAAAGAUAAGCAGCAUUUUUCCAUUUCAUGCCUAUUUAGUAUAGGUGAUGUCAGGCAGAUUAGGAGGAUGGACAUAGGAAAAUGAAUUUAGAAGGGACAGCCUGUUCUGUACCAUGAACGUUGCCUCUUAAUUUCCUCAAAUAAGUAUUAAUUGUUCUGAAAGAUGAUGGAACCAUUUUCUCCAGAUAAAAUGGAGUAUUUACUUUUUAAAAUUUCUACACAGUCACCAAGAAAACUUACUUCACUUUGGAAAUAAAAAGUCACAUUCUCUUAGAUGUUAACUGUAUCCUGGAACUUAGGUUUUUUUAUUCCUCUCUGUGGUAUGAUUCACAUACAAGAAGAAUCAUGAACCGAGACAUUAAUAAUUUUGUUUCCCUAUUCCCUGAACUGUAAUAAGAUUUGGGAAUUUUGAAGCCCAAACUCACCUCAGAAGUACAAGGCAGAUAUAGUUUUUAAUAUCUUGGAAUUCAUCCACCUCUUGGAUUUGUCCAUGUUUUCAGGAAGUAAGAAAGAAUAUGUUGAGGUCAAAGUCUUGUUCUCAGAUAGCCUCAGGGGCCUUGGAGCCUGUCUCCCGGUAGUCUUGUCCUCAGUGAGCUUCCUUCUCACUGUGACUGAAGACUCAUGUAGACCCCUUGUACGCUGUUCCCAAAACUAGAGGAGGACCCUUCUUUUCAAAUCAUCAGUAAGGGGACCCCUGCAGAAUGGCUGCUUCUGAUUUGAUUUUUCUUGGGUUGUCAGUUAUGGUUGAAUUUUUGGAUGCCAAAGCCUCUGGUGCAAGAUUCUGCGCUUUUCUAAGGAACCAGAACAGCUGCAUAACUGGCCCAGUAUCUGUCAGUAUUGCACCCCUGAGCUGCGCAGAGUCCUAGGCAGAUGACUCUGGGAGAGUGGCCUGCAUUUUCUUUCUCUCCUAGAACACUUCUUAAAGCUUCUCGUUACUUUUCAGAAAUAUAUUUUCCGACUGCAUGGUCAACCAAAUGCCCUGUAUCACACUUGGAAUCCUUAAGAAGGCAUUUUGAAGUGUUUGAUCUGUCAGUUUACCUAAAAGAAUAUUUUUUCUUUACCUAGCAAACAAAGCCUGAAUUCCAGAGCCUUCAAAAUGAAAUUAUCCUCCCAAGGGAAGCACACUGCCAUCAAAUCCAUCACUUGCCACCUGUUUCUGGUGACUGCCAAGAAGAUGUGUCUUUUUUCUGAGUUUUAGAGAGUUGCUAUUUACAACUAUGCAAAUAUUAUGCUUUUGCACGUUUCCAACUGGUGUCCUUUCGAAUCAAGAAUUUACUUGGGUUAAUCUUUUUAUUUCCUGCCCCAAACUUUUUCAAGCCAAAUUCCUUUAAAAGCCUCUUUCUCUUUUGAAGUAAAGAGGACUGUAGCCUAAGUAGAGAGAGAUGCAAAGCAAGGUCAGAGAUUUCAUAGUAGGGAAUUCUUGUUUUUCAGAAGCCAGUAUCACCUCCUAAUGCAAACAGAUUGAUAGAAUUUUAAAAUAUGCUAACUCCUUAGACAUUUAGUAUCUUGACCUUACUUGUAUUAUCCUUGGAAUGGAGCACUGAGCCUUUUAUUCUUGCGAGUUUCCAGUUAGAUUUUGAAAGGUUUCCAUUGUAUUUGUUCUUACACCUGUCAAUAUGGACAGACCUUUGUUUUUGUGUGGAGUUAAUCUUGAUGUGCUCUCAGAUUUCCUGAGUUUACACAUUUGCCUUUCUGAAAUUCAGGGUCUCUUUCAAGCAAUGAGGCUUUUAUGGGUUGGCAAUUGAGUUCUGGGAAAGCAAAGGCGAGGGUAGGCACUUACUCGUGUCUUAAUGUGGGAAACAAUUUUCUAAAUAAUUCCUAGAGUGGGCCAUUAACCGUUUUUAAUGUUUUUCCUCAUAGCAUCCCUUGGCAAAUCAGAGAUGACUUAAUACUUUUGUGAAAAGGAACUGGUCUAUCCAUUCUUAUAUACCAAAAAGUAAAAUUAACAAUUGUGCACCAAUGUGACUAAAUGAAUUGUGGUUUUCCCGAUUCUUGAAAAUGUAAGGGAUUUCUGAGAGAACUUUAACCAAAACUCCCAAUAAAGUAUGAGCCUUUAUAAUAAGAACUUCCAUUUAGCCUUUCCAAAAGAGCAGUUAGAUUGGGCAUCUGCUUUCCUUCAGCAAUAUUUUGCAGUUGGAAAUGAGUAAUUAGCAUCAUUGGAUCACUACCAAUGCUUGUAUUAGAGACUGCAGGAUAUUUAAACAGAGCAAGUGAGGGUGCUGUUUUCAGGUAUUAUCACUGGAUUUUGGAGUUUAAAGCAGAACGGUGAUGUGAAAUCAUGUUUGUGGAUUGGGAGGAAAGAUAAAUGCAAAGAGCAAUAACUGAAUGAGAAACCCCUGGAAAAAGCAGGCUGAUAAAAAGAUGAAAGGAAAGAUAUGUCCUUUAACUUAUGUUAUGGAGAUGCUCCUCAGUGGAGAAACCCAUCAAAACACUGAACUUGUAUUUUUUUCUAUAAAAAAUACUGAAAUAUAAGCAGAUUCAGAUAGUGGCAUUAAUUUGAAUAUCGGAAAAUUUCCUUUUCUCUAAUGUCAUUAAUUCUAGAGAGUCUCCAUUUUAUUGUUACUGGGGAUCGAACUCGGGUUCUUACGCUUGUGCAGCAGGUGGCGAAACCACUGAGCUAAAUCCCCGGCCAGGGUCUCCAUUUUAUUAUUUUUUAUUUUAUUUAUUUAUUUAUUUAUUUUUUGGAGGGUCUCCGUUUUAAACCGAUGGCAUCUGCAACAAAAGUCAGUGCAUAUGGGGUAUUAAGACAUUUGAGAAAAAGAAACGAAUUGCUUACAGCAUUUUGAGUGUAUACAGCUCAUUCACCAGCUCCUUUUUGAGUAAAGAAAUAUGAACACAAAACCUGAGCUUGAGCUUCCUAACCUUUAAUUCUGGUGGCAGUUUUAAGAAAGGUGGAUACCAUACAAGGUUUUCUGAAUGGGAUAGAUACAUUUUGCAUGCCCACAGUGCAGAAAGCUGUGAAUGCUUUUAGAAAUACAUUACACGUCUUUGCUAGAAGUAGAAUUAUAAUUUACAAAUUUAUCACUCAAAGCUAGUUUGGAUUUUCAGUACUUUGAGGAUCUUUUGUGAACAAAAAGGAAGAGAAUGUGGUGAAAGUCAGCUUUGUUCCUCUGGACUCCAUCAACCUCCAGUCUCUGUGGCUUCUAAGGCCCCAGGAAUGAAAGGACCACUUGCAUAUCUCAAAGAGCCCUCCAAUCUGAGAAACUUUGUAGCCAACCAUGCCUGUGAAUCCUGGUUUUUGCUGUAUUGAGCGUGCUAAAAGGGUUAGGGAGUGGAGACAGCAAGAGGACAGGACUAUUUAUUUUAAUUUUUAAGCAGAAAUGAUUUCAAAGUAAGUGCCUGAAAUCAACAUGUGAAGGCCAUGUAAUAUAGGUCCUUAAAUGGGUUAUUUUUCUAAAGUAGUUGAGAACAGCUUGACCCCCCUUCCUCCUCUCCCUGACAGGGAGGGAAUUCCUGGGCUCUUGGCAGCAUCAUUUUUACAUUUCUAGGGUUGCAAAGGAAGGAGUCAUAAUUUUUGUUCAUUGGCCCUGUAGGAAAAAAAUAAAGCUCUUUAAGCAAUUGUGACACAGACCAAAUGCUAGCUGGGACUCAAAGGAACUUAACCACUACCCCUGACUGGGUUUUACAGAAGGGUCGUAGUUAGAGGGCAAUGGAGACCUGCUACAGACAUUGGAAACCAGAACUCCAAGGGUGUAUUGGUCAGGAACUGGGCACAAGGGAGGCCUCAGAUACCAACGUAGACACGAACUGAACCUGCCCUGUGCCUUCCACACAAGUAGAGAUUUGCACAAAAGGAAACGUGGCAGCUUGUGUUUCACAGGAGCCAUUUUGGAAUAUUAUAUUGUCAGAAAGUUUCCUUGAGCAACAACUGUGUGUAUUGUUCUUGGCUAAUCUCUAUAUUAAAAAGCUACUCGACAAAGUUUGAUUAAGAAAAUGUGGACAGUUUAUCUCCCAUUUUAUCCCUCUGUCUGAUUUAUUCUUUUGCCAAAAUUUAUUUUCUGAGUGGAGUGAUUCUCUACAUGAAAUGAAAUGAAAUGACAUUUUAACAGAAUGGUAAGUAUAUUUUAGAGGAAACAGUUUCUUUGUGUAAUUAACCUACCCAAUAAGAACUUAUCUCCUGCUAUACAGAAUCACCAAAUUGGGUCAUUUUAAAUAUUUUAAAUGAAAAGAGUUGGCUGAACGAGAUGUUAGAGAUAUGGCUUCACAUUCUCUAUUUAAACCCUUGAACACUUUUCUGUAUAUUUUGAGAAAAUCUUGAUGAGAUGCUAAACAGAGCUUCUCUGUGGAAUUACCAUUACAGGAAUUUGGGUAAAAUAGGUGGAUUUCCCUAGCUUCCUUUGUACUUCUGUUUCAUAGAUGAAAAUGCUGCUUUCAUAUAUUUUUUUAAGAAAAUAAUUUUUUUUUCAUUCUGUGAAUUUUAGGAUAUAUAUUUUUAUCUGUAUGUAUGAUUGAUUGUUUUCCUAUAUUGGAGCCCAAAUUUAUUUUUUAAACCAUAUUCAUUGUAAAGGAUGUUAUUGGGCAGUGGAAACAUGCCUCCAUGCUGGAAUGAAACAUACCUUGAUGCUUAUAAUUCCAUAAGCUAUUUAGGAGCCGGUUACCUCUUCUUGGUACCUGAAGUAUUCUGAAAGUAUAUCAGAAAGGUUGUAUACUCCUUUUCCUUCAAAACUCAUAUCUCCAGUACUUAAAUUUAGUGUCUCUGGAGACUUUGAAUCAGCAGGAUGAAUCAUGGUGUGUGGAUUCCCUCAUUGGCUCCUGCAUCUUUCCUGCUAUGUGCAGCUCGCUGCUAGCCUUCCCUGGUUGGAAUCAUCUCUUCUUUGUGGGUUGCAGUAUCUUUUCUUUAUGAAUGAGGCAGGCUGAACUGUAGAGUAUGGAAUUCAUUAGAAGUCUAUGCAUGUGGGUGGAAUGUUUCCAUGCCUUUGCGGUGAAUGUUAAAUUUAACUUGUGGCUCUGGAAUGUCUUUGCUUGGGAGCUGCAGGGGGAGAGAGUUGGGGGGGGGUGCGUAUUUCAUGUUGUGUUUUCCUUCAUGGAAAUAUGGGGGGGAGCGUUCUUCAGGUGAAAACAUUUCCCAUCGUUGUGUGGGGAAAGGGAAGUUGCGAAUGUUCAAAUGAUAACUCCUACGAAGCCCCAGGAUUGUAUUUAAAAAUACCUUUUGGUGGACAGUGCCUCUUUUUGAUCUUUGCCUGUUGGCUUGGUUGUUCCCAUCCUCUCUCAUUUUAGCCUAGUUCUCCUUUUAUCCAGGUUGUGUGCAUUUUUGUUUGUUUGUCUGCUUUUUCUUUUGAACUAUUGCUUAUCAGAAUGGUGAUGUUAUCUCAAAAUCCCGAAACCAAGGGGCUAGCCAGUGCACAGGACUUGAGGUAGAUGCAGGAUUUGGAUUGAUGUAGGUUACAGGUUAAGUGCUUCCAGAAAUAUACUUUAUUGAGGCAUAACAGAGCUCUAAAGAAGUCGUGUUUGUUUAUAACAUUUGGAGAAGUCACCUCUCAUAGGUCUCUGUUCUUGAGAGAGAAAUUCAUCGUUUCAUGCAAAUAACAUUGAUGGGCAUACAUCAUAAUCUGGUGAUUGGCUUCUAUCAGUGAAUAUAUAAGGUUUCAAUCACGGUAUCUUAUAAAGAGCAUAAUCUUAUCAAUUUCUCCUUCUUUCUGAGAGCAUAUUGAAAAAAAUGUUUCUGAUGUGCUAUGAAACAUUUCUUUGAAUCCAUGUUUUUGACCAAGGAAGUGGCUGAGAUGUUAAACCAGGAGGUGGUGACAUGGCUUGUAUGACUCCCCACUCACUCCCUCAAAAGGAAAAUGAAAUUGGGAAAUUAAGGUGAACUUGAACUCCUCUGGUCAUGAGGAGCACUCACUUUGAUUUCCUAUCUCAGGAUAUUUUUCAGUUUCAUACUGCUGCUGAGGAGGAAAGAACCAGCUGCUGACACUGUAGCUGGUCCCCAGAUGUUUGUGUGUGUGUAUGUACAACUUCACACCCUAUGUGUUGUGUUCAAUGUAAUGUCAAUCUAUGAACUGACUCAAAUAACCAUUUCGGUAUCAAGAAGAAAGUGAUAAUGGCAAACAAACAAAAACAAACAAACAAAAACACCCGACCACCUCUUUCUCUCAAAGUGCUUGCUAUGACUUUCGUAGCUGGGACAAACCAUAUCAGCAUUCAGGAACAAGGUGUCCGUGAAAGAGAUGGUGUGUUGAUCUCAUAAGAAAUGUACAACCAAUAAAAGACAUUUUGAAAAGUA